CAGUUUUAACAUAGCAACGGAAAAAGAUAAACAAACAGCAGACGAAACGGACGGCCACACUAGUGACUCUUUAUCGGUGUUGAAAAUUGUUAUUGUCGCUUUAAGUGUCAGACAAAUAGCCAAGAAGCAAUUGAUAUAUUUACUCUUUUACAAUGGGUGUCAGAGAGUGCUGUGCGACAUUCCUUGCAGGCCUACCAAACCCUGCUCUGCCUUUUCUGCCUGCUCUAGUGAUGGGAACUUCAUUUGCUGCAUUUUUUCUAUUUAUGUUUUACAAAAAGUACACCAAUUUACCCGUGAAAGUCAUACUUAUACAUAUGCUUAAGAAAAUCUUUUAUCUACUUCCAACUCAUGAUCAUUCAGAAAGUGAAACGUGCAAAAAUCCUGGUUGUGUGCGUUGUAAGAAAUAUGAAGAAUUGAAGACUCAGAUUGUUCAGAAAAUGAAAGAAAUUAGAGCAAAUAAACCUGAGUUUAUUUCUCAACAAUUAGAAGAUGCUGUUAAAAAGAUUGAGUAUGAAAGCAGUCCUUUUUCAAAAUGUGAAUUGGAUGAUGAACCUAAGAAAAAGAAAUCCAACUUGGAACUUCAGAAACCAACCCUCUUUUACAUGGAGCUUGCUGCUAACCCUUACUGGAAUGACUUUGAAGUGUACAAGAAAGAACUUGGGUUUCUGAAGUUGAAUUUCUCCAUCAUUUUAAAGGAUUUUAUGUCAGUCUUCAAUGCUCUUAAAAAUGGAGACAAUUGGGGCUGGAAAUUAAAUGAUAUUGAUAAUGGUCACUGGUGUAUAUUUCCGUUUAUUGAUCAAGGACGCAUGAAUAAGUCUAAUUCACAGAGAUGUCCAAAUGUUUCAGCCAUAUUGGAGGCACUGCCAUCACUCAUGAAAGAUUGUGUCUUUGGAAAUGCUUGCUUUUCCAUAUUGUAUCCAGACUCCCAUAUUGAGCCGCACCAUGGUCCUAGUAACGUGCGACUAAGGUGUCACCUAGGACUAAAUAUUCCAGAUGGUUGCUGGCUAGAAGUUGCAGGAACACAGUAUAAAUGGAAGAAAGAGGAAACAGUACUCUUUGAUGAUUCUUUUGAACACUCGGCUACUUUUGUUAACCAGUCAAGCUCAUCACAAGCCACUCCAAGGGCUGUGUUAUUGGUUGACUUUUGGCAUCCUGAUAUCACAUCACAAGAAAAGGAAGUUUUGUUAGAACUGUUAGCACCAUAGAACUGUAACUUUGAUAUGGUUAGUUUUACUGGUGAGAGCCAAUAUAAAUGUAAAUGCUUUAAAUUUAAUAUACAGUAUAGAUACAAAAAUAGGUAGCUAUGUACAGUACACUCACCAAAAACUUCUCAAACGCUAUAAGAACUAUGUAAUCUGAAAAAUGAACGAAAAAUCUGAAACCAUUCCAAGAUGACAAGCCCCAUUCUGCUCAUUCACAUCCAUCGUGUCCAGGUGUUCGAGAAGUUUUUGAUGAGAGUGUACAGGUAUAACAUUAUUGUACGCUAUCAUGAUUGAAAUUUUGAGGAAAAAGAUGCUUAUAUCAAUGACAUAUAAACAUGAAGAGGACCACUGAACCAUCUAUAUAAAACAGUUCUAGGUUAUUGUUGUUAGUGUAAGUUUUCCUUGUGGAUGUAUCCAGAAAAUUAAUUACUUAGCAGUCCUGUUCAUGGUCCUUUUUAAAACUGACCUCCUUAAGUUGGACUAUAUGGGGCUAGAGACUGUCCGACUUAUCUAGAAUUCCGAUUUAUGUGUAACGUCCGCCCCGAGUGCUUUCAAGCAUCAUUUUCCUGAAAAAUUCCUUCCCAAAACAAUAUUAAAGUUAACAAUAUAUAUAUUUACAGAGCACUUACUUUUGAUGUAGCAGAUGAAUCAGGUGGAGGACGAUGGUUGGCUGCUUACACUUAUAUUUAUUUACACUCUUAUCUAGUAUGUACUUAAAUCUGCGUGAUGUCAUAAAAAUACUCCACUUUAGCCCAAACCGCUCACAGUUAACAUUCAUGAAGACUCCAGAUUCAAUUCUGUAUAUCUUUAGUUUCUCUUCAAUUUGUAGAGUUCUGAGCACCAUUCCUUUUUUUCCAGUAAUCCUCAGUGGUGGUGUAUUGCCAUAAUAGCACACUAGGGAAGCACUAAAUUAAAAAAAAACAAAAACAGGGCGAGCAGUGGUCACAAAAUAAAACAUGCGGGACCGGACUCCUCUCCCAACUUCUGCUCCACACAACCCUCCUAAACCAGAGCUUGUCUGACUUAUGGGGGUUUCCAACUUAGAGGGAUCUUACUGUAGUUAGUAAUUGUUAUUUUAAAAUCUAUAUUACACAAUUUACUCUUCCAACUUUUAUGUGGUGGAUUGAGGUGUACAAUACAUAAAAUUCAGAGUGUGUGAUGCAAGAAAACAAGAAAGGGCUAAGACAAAUCUUACAGGUAGUAAAAAUAUCUAAACAAGUGCUAGUAUCCACAUAUUACAUAUGUAGUACUGUACUAUCAACAAAUUGAAUAUUUGUAUUAAUAUUGAUUUGCAACUAUAUUAAUUCACUGCUUACUAAAUUGAGCGAUUUGACAUUUUAUACAAUACAGUACUUUACUUUAUUAUACAGCCAUGGCAAGCUCUAAUGGGUGUGGGAUUUGGGGCAGAUCAGCCUUUGUAGGGCCUCCUUAAUAUCUGAAAACAAUUACUGUUAAGUAAGACAAAACUUACAUUUUUAAAAAGAAAAAAUAAUCACCGAUUUUAUGUUGUGCAGUUUUGGGGCAACCUGUAAUACUACUUCAUUUAUUUGUUUAAUAAACAAAGAAAAAAAUUG